CGAAAAAAGUGUCGCGAAAUAAUAUUUCAAUACAGUAACUUUUUAUACGUUUAUUUUAUCCUUUGUAAUGCAAAAAUAAUGUCUCUCGUCAUUGUGAAAUGUAGUUACGAUAAUACGAUAUUUUUCGGUUUGGUAAAGUAAAUCUAACAAUGGUUCUAAAUGAAUAAAAUCGACUUAAAAAAUAGUAUCGAAACUAGUGAAAAGACUUAUUGCCGAAUGAAACAGCGUAAAUGUCCCCAAAAUGUCAGAAUUUGAAAAUUUAUCACGCGCUAUCAAAAGCUUGAAUAAAAGUGUUUCCAAUUUUCCUGUUGGAGCUGUCUCCUUAGAUGACUAUACACCUAUAGAGGAAAGAAUCUCGAAUAUGAGAGAGUUGUUACAAUUUUUAAAUGCCAGAUUAAUAAUGCUUAAAACGCAUCAUGAAUCUGCUACUGCUUCGAACGCAACGGAUAAUGAAUUUGAAGAAGAUAUGGAGCAUACAAUAACACAUUUGCACGAAGAGACAGCAAAUUUUCAUAUAACUAAUAAAGCAUUUAAACUUUGUCUUCACACAGAAGCUACUCAAGCUAUUCUAGAAGCAAAAGAUGAUGACCAGAAUAUGCAAAAGAAAAUUUGUGCUCUCUUGUGUCAAUUAUAUAUUCUUAAUGAUAAAAGUAUGCUGCUACAAGCAGCUAUAGAAGACUCAUUGCAAAAGCAAUUGGACUUGAAGAUUCAGUGUCAGAAUGCACUAUUUGAUUAUCAGAAAUUUUUAAAGACUGAAGAGGACUUACUUAGCCAAAAAUUACAAGAAACAAAUCCUGAAGUAGCACAGAACAAAAAAAAGGCAAUGAUGCUACUACAGAAAAUAAAUUUAAUGAAAAAACUUAUAGUAAAUUUGAUUCCUCCCUCUAACAAACUAAUAGACAAACCAUUUCUAUUAGAUUUAUUAGCAGACCAUAGAGAUUUAAUCACUAUGGAGGGAAUUUUAAAAAAGUCACAAAGUAAUAAAGAAAAUAUAAAUGGAAAUGAAGAUUCAGAAAGAAAUAGAGCUAAAUAAAAU